AUGAAUCUUACAUGUAUCCCGAAUGUCGGUUUUUUUGAUUCUCCGGAGUUUGUUUCUCUUAGUUUACAUAUUGUGACAGUAUUCUCUGCACCAAUUCAUUUGUUUGGAGCAUACUGUAUUCUCAUUAAAACGCCGGAGCAAAUGAAAUCAGUGAAAUGGUACAUGUUCACUUUUCAUAUUUGGACAGUUUUAUUCGAUCUCAGUCUCAGUUUUCUUGUCAUUCCCUUCAUACUUGCACCAGCUGCUGCUGGAUACCCAUUGGGUGUUCUUCAAUGGUUUGGUAUUCCUACAAUUGCUCAAAUGUUAUUAACACUCACAUUUUUUGCAUAUAUGAGUAUUUCAAUUGUCUCACUUUUCGAAAAUCGAUUUUUCGUGAUUUGUGAAUUCCCUGGCAAAAACAUCUGGGAGCAUCUGCGAAAAUUCUGGUUACUUGCACAUUACGCAGGAGAUAUAUUUGCUUUGAUACCAGUUGCGUGGCUAGUUCCAGAUCAAGAAACAGCUGUUAAAGUGGUUUAUCAGAAACUGCCAUGCCUUCCAAAAUAUAUUUAUGAGGCACCAAUUUUUGUGAUAGCAGAUGACACUACCUAUCAUCUUAUCAUUUCUUUUGUGACCACGUGCAUUUGUGUGCUUCAGAUAUCUCUAUUUUGUUUCUGUCUGGUUUGGAACAUAUUCAAGCAACUCAAAGCGAGAACCAUGUCACAGAGAACAUUCGAGAUGCAGAAAAAGUUUCUCACCGCUUUGGUCAUUCAGUGUAGUGUUCCAUUUUUUAUUCUCAUUUUUCCGCUGCUAUACUUCUUGUUCUCAGUUCUAGCAAACUAUUACAACCAAGCAUUGGUCAACUUUGCAUUUAUCACCGGAUCGAUACAUGGAGUAGUGUCGACUGGAACUAUGGUGGCACUCCACAAACCGUAUAGAGAUACGCUGGUUUCCAUGUUGUUCAAAUCUACGAACAACACUGUUGAAUCUUCUAGAAGAGAUUUUAUGAACACUUCUUUUCACAAUAAUUCUUUGGUACCAAUAAACAGUUGA